UAUUUCUUGAAGCCUGUAUCCGUGUGCGCGUGUGUGUGCGUAUAAAUACAUUUACUACUCCUUCCCAUUGCACUGCAGUCAUCUGAGCAUUUGGUAGCCUCCUAAGGGUUAAAUUAUUGCUAUGGUUUGAGAGGCAGACCAACAGAUGUUACAAGAUGCCUAGGAGAGGAACGAAUUAGCCCAGCGUAUGGCUCUCUCCAUGGUGCUGAAAUAAAGCUGGAAGAAUAAUUUCAAUUUUGCCACAGAACAAAUGGACCAUAGACUUUCUUUUGCUUUGCCAACCAGCCACAUUAAAACUGAAGCCAACAUCAGGUAAAUUAGCACAACUUUUUAAACGAAACAUUGUUUUUGCUAAAGUUCACAUGCAGUGGAACCUCAAAAGUCAAAUGCCCUUAAGAAUGCACAAUUUGGGAUUCAAUCAAAAUGUUAAGGUAUUCCCUUAAGUUGUACAAAACUGAAACUAUCGUCUCAUGAGAACUAAGAAUGCACAGACUAAUUCUGGGCAUGCGUUUUGCUUUUUGGAGAGAAGGGCUAACAUUAACAAGGGGUUUUAGAGAAAAAGUUGUGGGUUAGCUUAGUAAUUGGGGUCACAUUCAAAGUGGUUAGGCUCCAUCAGUGUCCCAACAUUUCAAGUUCAGGUAGAGUUUAAGUGCCUCUGUGACGUGAAUCUUCUUUACAUUGCACCUUCUGCAUUUGUCAUUUAAGACUUUAUUUUUAAUAUUAACAUUGGUUAACUUAUUUUUUUAUACUGACAUGAAAUUUAAGAAUGUUAAAAUGUUACUUACACCUUUGCUGUCCUGCUAAUAAAGGUCUUUUAAUGAUGACAGUUUGACACGAGAACAAAUUAUUUAUUUUUACAUCAUUUCAUAUGGGAAAAAAUGAGGUUGACCAGCAUUUCAGAACCUUAGAGAUUACGGUAUUAUUAUUAUUAUUAUUAUUCCACUUGAUUAUUAAGUGGAAUAAUCAAUCAAACUGCUCGCCUUACGGAUGGUGCUCUAAACCUUUUUAGGGCAUUUUCAGAGAAUAUGAGCAAAGUUAUAAAGUCUGAUGGGCCCUGGCUUUGCCAACUUGGAAGGAAGCAUAGCUUGGCAUAUAUCAGGAAUGGAAUGAUUACUGCAUUAGGUCUACUAGUUUGUCAUACAUAUUUUUGGUCAAAAAAAACAAACGCGGUGCACGCAUGCUGGUAAUGUUUAAAUAUGCUAUCGUGUGAGUGAGGCACAAUACUGCCUUAUAAAUGUCUCUCUCCUUUGCCUCACUGUUUCCUCUUUAUAGGUUUGAAUUGUAAUUGAAUCACUAAAUCCAACAGGCAGCACAUUGUCUAUGUUAUCUUCCCCACCUCAGGCCUCCAGUUGCCCGCAGCUGUAGCAAUAUCUCAGCAAUAAAUCAAUACCACUGUUUGAAUUGUUGUGCCUUGCAAUUAGCUCAUUGAUCCAUUCCAUGUAUGAACGGGAGAUUAAAUGCCACUGCUCCAUGGAUGACGUGUCAUAUGCAACAUUAAAUAAGACGUUUUGCUUUGUCACCGUCUUUUGCUGCUAUGUCUGUUCCGCUUCUCUUGCCGUCAUUUUCAAGGGCUCCCUGCUGUGCAUAUAACAGUUAAAGUUGCAGUCCAAUAUUUUACCACUUCUCCCCACCACACGCAUACAUUGUUUGUUGUGCUUUCCCUUUGAGUUCAGCGAUGUAUUAGACUGCAGUGCGGCAAUGUUUUAUGUAUGAAACUCCCUUUUUUUAUCCAGACUCGGUAAAAAAAACCAAACCAAAAAACACAGGACCAAAUGUGUAAAUAAAAGCCAAAUAUAGCAGCAAUGGCAUUAGAUUGAUGGUUUGCAUCUUGUCGAUGUGUGUGUUUGUCUGCAUCAAUCUUCCACCUCUGUUUUGCUGAGUCAUUCGCAAUGGCCUAUUAGGGAUUACAUUGAACAUGUGCAUGUGCUUACAUCUUACUAUAUAUGUGUGCAUCCACACAGCAGCUGAUGGAUCUCCGAAACAAAUAACAGCUGUAAAUUGCAAAUACGCCUGCACAUGGCACGUUAUGAAAGACACUGCAAUUAAAGGCAUAGUCUGGCACUGUCCUGUAAUUGGUAAUUUCUCAGCUAUGGAGUAGAAGCAGAUGAUGUCACUGGGCUUUGGGGACCCGCCAUUAGUUGAUCCGCCACCGCAUCCUCAUGCUUUUUGAUCUUGGUUAUUUCCUGUGCUGAAGCCUUGUGGAGUGAAAAGCCUGAAAACAAAUUAGCCCCCGGAGGGAGAUGCACAACCUCCCCCUCACUGGCUUGAUGGCCUAUGGUGUCUGCUUCGUUACGUUUGUCAUACAGUGCGCUGUAACAAUGAACCGUCGGGUUUGAUGUAUUCAAGCAGUAAAGAGAAUUUACUUGACAUAAAAUAUUGCUAAGAGGCAGUUUUAUCUAUGCAACACAUAUCGUAAAUUCCGCACUAUAAGCCGCUACUUGUUUCGUACGCUUUUAACACUGCUUCUGCUUGCACUGCUUGGACCACGGCAGCUGUUGAACUCCAGUGGAAAAAACAAAAAGCGUCUCACGUCUCACUCAUCGAAGCUAAGGUUGACAAGGUUUAUGUGUGAUUUAUUGCAUGGUUAUGUGCAAUUCAAUAAUUAAACCAAAACGAGUGUAUUUCUCACCUUUUAUUUGAAAAAACUGCUAUGUGAACGCAAAGAAGAUUUCAGAUGCCUUGAUUCAAUCUUUUGUGGGUUACUAUAACCUGAAUGACAUGAUGUACACAGACACUUUUUGCACAUACAUUAAGUAGAAUUUUAAACAGUGACAUGCGGUCAGGAGAGGCAUAUCCUCACUUGUCAUGAUAAAAAAAAAAACAACAACAAAAAAAGAAAUAUUAAUACGUCAAUUCAAUUGUAUUAUAAAUGCAUUUUCUUUAAGAUUCCAACCAUUUUUAACAUUUUCUUAAGUAAAAAUUGCUGAAUUUGCAUCUUUCCUAACCAAAUACAGGAAGAAACCUAAGGUGAGGCCAACGUGAGCGUGGCUUCGCGGCUUAGUGCGCAAACCCCGCCUACCGUCUGAAUGCAUACUGAGUUGGCUCAUGGCACUUGCUAAGCAGACAAUAAAAUACAGUACACAAAAAUGUCAUACGGGAGGCACUUGCAGUACCAAUGCAUCCUGAAGGGGUCAGGCAUGUGUUAUCUGGAAGGUGCUUGUUACUGAUGUCCUUCUAGUGAGAAAAGCUAGUGUUUUUUUUAACUUGAAAUACACAAACAGCUAGAGCUCGAUUUACAAACAAGUGAAAUGCAAGAUAUUUUUAUGCCCUGAAUGAAUGAAUUAAUUUGACUGCCAAGAUGGAGGAUUAUAUACCGAAGCUCACCAGGAGGUGAUCACACUUUUACAACAAAGUAUCAGAGCUUUUCCUGGAGAAGAAUAGGGUGCAUAUUAUUUUUAUACCGAUAAAAGGUAAACACAAAUGUUUUUCAGUUAAUAAAAGUAUCAAUAAACGGGUCUAAGAAGUAUCUGAAAGCAAUGUGAAAAACAUUUUAUCCAAAAUACUGUAAUUGAAACAAAUGAAAAUCCAAAGCUAUUUGACACGAGCAGGGAUUAACAAGUUACCCUUCAAAGUCCAGAGCCACAAUCGUAAUUAACAGGCACCUGUUGAGGAUUAGGAAGUUAGAAUGACAGUUGACGUACAUUGUAACAGCAUCGCUUUAGCGGUCCUUUCUUUUUCGUACAACGUGUUCUAUUGUUCUUGUGAAUGUGUGUCAUGAAGGAAGUUCAUACAUGCCAUCAUUCCUGGCGAUCCUAAGUACAUUCCUCAGACUGAAUUCUUUUACUGGACCUGCAAUUUGUAGCUUUCCACUGAGCUGUGGCAUUUGUUGUUUGCUUUUGUCAGCGUAGUCUAACAAAGCCUACUGUUUGUUUCGGUGGGUGAUUUGCUGGCACCACCACUGUUGACUACAUGUAAAUGAUGCUUCAGACUCCGAGUGCUCUGCUUUGCAGGGGCACAAAUAACCUUGAUUCUGUCAACUCCCCCGUCUGGUCGAGAUUUAAAAUGACGUUGUCCAAGUAAGAUUAGGGUACCUUUCUCCAUGUUUGCUUUCCCCAAUACUACUACUUCUUCCUGAAAUUCCGGCAGACUAGGAACAUUGCUGCCCUCUCUGGUGAGGCUCACACCUGCUAUUUGUCCUCAUCAGAGCCCGUGAGAAACAAGCAUUCAUAAUAAUAAAAAUAAUUAGUAUGAGUAAAUAUUAUUAUUAUUUCAAUUAUUAAUUAUUUUAAUAAAUAGUUAACACAUAUAACAACGCAUUAACUUGCCCAGCCUUAGUGUGCCAUAGUGUGCUAUGUGCCAUUCAGUCCUUCCGGUGAACGUUGGCCUCCGCCAAGGCUGCCCUUUGUCGCCGAUCCUGUUCACAAUUUUCAUGGACAGAAUUUCUUGGGGGUAUCUUGUCUCUGCUAUUUGCGAAUGAUGUAGUCCUGAUGGCCUCAUCAGGCUGUGACCUUCAGCAUUUACUGGGGGGGUUGAAGCUUCUGGGAUCAGACUCCAAAUCCAAGGCCAUGGUUCUCCGUUGGAAAAGGGUGGAUUGCACCCUCCGGGUUGUGAGUGAGGUCCUUCCCCAGGCGGAGGAGUUCAACUAUCUCAGGGUCUUGUUCACGAGUGAAGGAAGGCUCAAGCGUGAGGUUGAUAGGUGGAUCGGCGCAGCGUCUGCAGUAAUGCGGUUGCUGUACCGGACCGUCGUGGUGAAGAGAGAGCUGAGCCGGAAGGCAAAGCUCUCAAUUUACCGGUUGAGCUAUGUUCCCACCCUCAACUAUGGUCAUGAGCUUUGGGUCGUGACUGAAAGAACGAGAUAGCGGAUACAAGUGGCUGAAAUUAGUUUCCUCCGUAGGGUGGCUGGACUCACCCUAAGAGAUAGGGUGAGGAGCUCAGUCAACCGGGAGGAGCUCAGAGUAGAGCCGCUUCACAUCGAGAGGAGCCAGGUGAGGUGGCUCGGGCAUCUAGUCCGGAUGUCUCCCGGACGCCUCCCCUGGUGAGGUGUUCCGGGCAUGCCCAGCCAGGAAAAGGCCCCGGGGCAGACCUAGGACACGCUGGCGGGAUUAUGUCUCAGCUGGCCUAGGAACGCCUUGGUGUCCUCCCAGUUGAGCUGGAGGAAGUGGCCGUGGACCAGAAGUCUGGGCUUCCCUACUAAGACUGUUGCCCCCGCGAUAAGCGGAGGAAAAAGGAGGGAGCUUUAGCGAUUAGGGCCGAGCUUCUUAAUGAAAUAGGUACUAAAAUAGCAUUCAGAAGAUGAACUAUAGUGCCAAAGAAUGAGGGAUUUUGUAAGUGUGAGUCAUGAGUGCAGCUUCCCAAGUGGAGUCCCAGGAUGAAAAUGGAGUGCUAUAGUGAGCAUAACUGUGGGUGUUUCAGGUUGGGAAACCCUUGUUUAAGCCACUUUUACUAAGUGGACGGGAUAAUUGAAUGUGUGUUAUUUGUGUGGAUGUGUGGGUGUAGGGGUUCUAGAGGGAAUCUCUGUCCACAUUUGUCAUUAUCUCCAGAGUCUGUUUGAGGAUUGUGUGAGUGUCUAACAAGUGAUGUAUUUGUGUGUGCCGUCAGGCCUAGUAGUGUGUGUGUGUGUGUCCGCAUGUGUGCACCUAUGGGGCUCUGAUUAUACCUUGGAGAGUGUGUGGGUUUAUUUCUCAGCGUGUCAGCCAGCCAAGAGGGGGCUUGUCUCAGUAACCAUCGGAAAUAGAAGCAAGCCUCUUAUACAUCCAGAAGGUAGAAAACACAAAGAGCUGCAGGGAGAAAAUUGCUUCUAUCAGUCUUUUCCUCUCUGUCUGAUCGUGUUGUUUUUCUCGCCAUUCAUUUGAGACAGCAUGCAGAUGGAACGAUGUCAACAGAAUGUGCACAGUGUUAAUUGGCUACUAAAUCACCUCUUAACGCCUCACUGAGUCAAGACAAGGUGUCCAGAAUGGGUGACCCAGCAGUGAAACAUUUCCUACCAUGAAGGGGAGCCAUGUAGUGAAGAUCUUUAUCUCAGGGGGGCUCCAAACAGCCCAUUUGCUGCACAUGUUUAGCAGCUGUUUUGAAAGGACGGAAUACUUCAUAACCUACAGUGAUUUUCUUUCAGAGAGCAAAUUCAGUGUGAAGAUAUUUUGCUUGGGGAUGUCUGGCUGAUUGUAUUCCCAAUUAAGGCCAAUUUAUGACAUUUUGAUUUAUGACUGGUUGCUGUAGAGGUUUCUCCCAUGUGUGUUUUGUGCAGCCUCUUCACUAGAACAUUUCUAUGUGUUUGAUCGUAUGUACUGUAGAAUGCUCAAAACAACACAAUGAACUGUUUGAAUUUCCCCUCCAGAGACUAAUAAAGCACUUUUCUUCUUCAGGUUUUCCGCUGAAAAUCGUUCCCCUGUUCACUCAAUAUGCCAUAUCAUAUUGCUUGGGGUAUCACAAUGAUGAAUGAUCUCCACAGUAGAGACAAUAUAGCUUCACUAUAGCAUUGUACGAUAUUUUCUGAAAUACUGGCAUUCAGGAUAAUCAAUGUUAGUGCCGCUUCAAACAAAUAAACGCCUCAGGCUAAAUCUAAAACUGUCACUUUUUCUCCCCAGGAAAAACACAGGUGGUAACUUCAUUGAGUGACUCCCAUACAUUUACUAUGUCAGGUUAUUGAAGCAAUUGUUGUUGCACUUUACUAACUCAGUUGCUAGGCACAACGGCCCCACCUACUAAAGAAUUAACAAAAUUCAGGCAUAUUAUAUGCAAGUGUCCUAUCUGUGAAGGGGUACAAUCAGGUUUUGAUCCAAACUAGGAUUAUUCGGCCUUGGUGGAGUUCUCUGCGCUUCUGUGUGCCACUUAUGCAUGUAACUAGUCAAUAGCAAAUAUGAGUUUUAAGUUUGUUAGGGAGAUGCAGUCACUUAAAAUUACAUUUGUGGUGACCCCUAUAGGUUGUGCUCAAAAUGUUUUGGAAGGCAUGCUAGCAUGCAUGUAAUACAGCAAUCCUUUUACAAUCAUUCGUGGUCAAUGAAAGUCGCACCCUGGCCCCGCAAAGACAGUUUGCUCACUGGCGGCCAUGUUUUUCAUCUGAUUUUGAUCAAAUAUGUGCUCCUCAGCCAGUUUCAUGGUGAUUCGGCUAACCACUUAAAGUGAGUGUUUUGUAGAGCACAUUGAGCUGUGUGGGACUUUAUGGGUUCACACUUGUGUUUAAUAACGGGGCCAUUAUUUGGUGUAUUAGUCCGAAAAAUAAUAUUAGGGGCAACACGGUAGGGGUCCAUGUUUUGCCAAGUGUUUAGCCUUCUCUCUGCAUCGGUUCUGGAGUAGAAGAGUUAACUUACUUGCAGUCGUGAAAGAAUUAGGACACCACCACAUGACUGUAGAAUGACACAUUUCCUCAUUUCACACUGAUGAGGUUUUCCAAAAUCCUCUUCACGCACAGUUCUGCUGUGUUUGACAGACUGAGUGUUGUUAUCAGGGACACACACAGUUCCUCUUAACCGAGUUUGCACUUUGGACCACUGAUGGCCGUUAGUCACCAGCAUCAGCACCAAGUGGGUGGGCGACACUUAGGGGAGGAGGGGCACUCGACUUGAGAGCGACUGUUUGUCUGUGAUGUGCUCUCGCUUUGAUGAUUAUUGGCAAAGUACAGGCUCCAAACAUGUUCACUCUCUGUUUUCUCACAUUCUGCAGAGUUACGUGUAGUCACAAAUCAGUCAGCGCUAACUGGAGUUCGAAUAUACUAAUGGAAGUGAGAGCUCAAUUCCUUGUUACAUGCAAGUAAUAGUGUAAGUAAUACACCUUGCUUAAGCUGCUCAAUUUAAGCCUUUCAGCCCUCUUCCAUUUAUUUUAAUACAGGAAAUUAUCUGGAAUAUUAUAGUUACUGAGCACACAGGACUCAUACAGGGAACACAAUUAAAAGUAAGCUCCAGGGAGAACUAUUAAAAGGGAUGCUCAGAGAAAAAUACGAUUGUGGAGUGUUUCUCUUUUGACCUAUUGCAUCUUUUCUGUGGGAGUCCCUACUGUGUUCAUUCUUAAUUGUGAUUUGUUUCACCUGCCUCAUUAGCUUCACAGGUGUUUGCUUUUCAGAUCUGUGAUAAGCAGCUGUGAUGAUGGAAGCAUUUGAAUGAGGUCAUUGGGAGGGGGUUCCGGUGUUGUUUAAGGUAUGCAGCGUCACUUGGAGAAUUAUUCAGCAGUAACAGUGGGAGAUUAAAAAGUUGUUUGCACAAUACCUCAAUGCUGCAUUUAAGUAGUCUCUCUACAUUUUCAUCAUCUGUUAUCACUUAUGCCUCAAAUGGGUUAUGAGGUGUUUUAUCUGAGUUUUGUCAGUAAAAAGCAAUCAGGAAAAUGGCCUAUAAUCAAUAAAUCCUCUUUGUUCAUUGCACAUGGAUGGAUUUAAGCAAAAGCCUGCUGGCAGUCAGUUCACGUGCCUACCAGUCGUGACUUUGACAGCCUGUUUGCUUGGACUUUUCCAAGCACCUUAUCUUUCUUUAAUAGUUUUACUCAGAUUUGUGUGUUUAUACGUGUAAUUUUGUGCUUGUUUUCUGCUAUCCCCACACUCCUCUCCUACCAGAAGAGCUAAAAGUCAAUCAAUUUGGCCUUUCCCAUAAUCCUUGGGUGUCCAAAGUGCAGCCCAGGGGCUAUUUGCGGCCUGUGACUCAUUUAUUAUUGUUUAUUGCACAUUGUAGAAAUUGAACACUAAAAACGACAGCAAACAUGGGGAAAAAUAGAGCAAAAACAUACAAUGUAAAGAAAAAAGCUGAAAUGUUGAUACUACCAGUAAUAAUAACACAAAUCUUUGCCUUUUAAAUAUAUGUACAUAGGGGUUUUUUUUGCCUUGUUAUAAAAUUUAUAAAAAUACAUAAAAAUAGUGGCCCUCCGCAUUCUUUGAUUUUUUUUUUUGUAUGUGGCCCUCAGUGGAAAAAGUUUGGACACCCCUGCCAUAAAGUCUAAAGUCCUCUUGUGCCCCCCAGCAAUGCAGUUUUGAGUUACGAUAUGGAUCUUUAGAUACUUAAUCCAAAACUGAACUGGGGCAGCACCAUGGAGCGUGUGCGUUUGAAGCUUGGAGUUUGCAUGUUCUCUCCAUACUUGCGUGGGUUUACUCUAGGUACUGCCACAGUCCCAAAACAUGCAUAUUAGGCUAAUUGGAGACUACAGAUUGGCCAUAGGUGUAAUCAUGAGUGUGAAUGGUUGCUGUCCACAUGUGCCCUGUAAUUGACUGGCGACCAGUCCAGGGUGUACCCUGCCUUGGGACAUGUGUCCAAACCUUUGACUAUUACUCUGUACACAAAGUCCCCAAAAGCUCAAGUUCAGCUGUUUUGUUUGGAGAUGCAAACAGUUACACUUGGAAACUGUUGUCGACAUGGGGAAUUUAUAUUUUAAUUAAUCAUUCCUUCCUUGACGUUUUUAAUUUCUGAGGAGAACAUAAAGUUACAACCAAUACACGGCUAGUGGGAAAAAACAGCAGUCACAAACAACAGUACAUAACAGAAACCUCCCUGUGUGAGCACUGUCAGAGGGUGAUGUGCGUGUGUUUGUGUCGUGUGCAAGCUCGCCAGUGGCAUUGCCGAGACUUCUGCUGCUCGCCCACAGCAGCGGCAGUUCGCUGCCUUAAUAUGUUUUGACAGAAGAGGCAUCAUCACAGCUCUCAGCGCCCAUCUGCUGCACGGAGCAUGUAGCUUCAGCAUGAUUGUGGCGCUUUGCGGGGAGCACAGAUUGCGCUGAGAUUAUUGGCCCCAUCACAGCUCUAUCAAGGGAGGCUUUUGCUUGGAAAUUAUAGCUUAAAAAAAGCACAGUACAUAAUGAAGACAAUUUUUUUUUUUAAUCCUCUGAGCCAAUGUAAUAUGAGCUCAAGCUCCCCGCCACUUCCAUCACACAAUUUGACAAGUUGAAAUGUGAGCAUGGUGGAACAAAGAUGUAGUGUCUCUACAGCAAUCAGUUUGACACAUUUUUUUUGUUGUUGUUUUUGUGGUGGUUGUGCAUCAAUUGUGCUCUGACUCUAACAAGGAUAUGUUUAUCUUUGUGUAAAUAAUAAUGGUAAUUGUGUAUUUGUUUUGGACAUACUUGACAUACUUAUCAGCAUUACAUACAGUAUGUGCUGUUACAUUAAGUAACGGCAUAUAUUUACUGUUGAAUUCAUUAUUUCCAAAAAGGAGUUGGAAGAAGCAAAGCUUAUUUAAUCCUACCCCAUCUCCAUGUCUGUUACUGAUAAUCCAUUCUCACCAUUUGUUUAACAUUUUGACAGUAAUUCAUGUUUUACAUUAUCAUCGAAAAUGUGUUGACUUCCUGUGUUUAGGUGUGUAUUUUCUAAUAGGGAUGGAGAAUAUGUUGCAAUAGGUAUAUAACUUCCUGAGUGAUGUAGGGAAAAAAAAACGAAGAAACUUAAGUCAUGAAUAAGUAGUAUAAAUAAAUAGAAACCAAUAAAUAUGAACGCAAUAAAGAGAUUGGGUAUACAUGAGCAAUAAAUAAUAAAUGCAGGAGUAAUGAACUUGCAGAAUCAUGAUAUCAUGUUUAAAUAUAUGCAGGAUAUAAGUUAAACAAUAACUUGUAAUGUUCAGUGCAAAUGGUACUCAGAUCCAUCCAUUCAUCCGUCUCCUAUGCUGCUUGUCCUAACUAGGGUCGCGGGUGUGCUGGAGCCUAUCCCAGCUGACAUCGGGCGAGAGGUGGUACUCAGAUCAUAUUUGCAAUGUGGAUCUCUAAUUUGGUGCUUCAUUUAUUAACAGUUUCCUUUGAUUAUUGCUGUUUGCAGUGCAAAAAGCGAGGCUCUACUGCCAUCUGUGUCAUUAGCUGUAAAUGCAUAAAUCAAUGGAGAGCAUUUUUGAUAAGAUUCUAGAGAGCCCUAUGAAUCUGUAGUUCCCCAUUUUACCACUAAAUGUCUCUCUGCUCCAAUCAAUGCAUCUCCAGCUCUGCUACUUGUCUGCAUCUCCAUCAUCUCCAAGAUUGUCACUCGACAGUUCAUGUUUCCUUUCUUACACAUAAAUGACACUUAAUGAUGUACAGUAGUAAGUGUCUUACGUUAACAUAAACCACAUUUAUGUUUGAUGUAGGCAUAUUUUCAGCAGUCAUCAACAUUUAGCUUUCACAGCAUCUUUAGACUGAAGCAAGCCUCCUCCCCCAGGUCCCUCUCUAAUCCAGAAGGGUAAAUUGCUCAUACAUUCCUUUCAAGGGCAAUGAUGAGUGUUGUGUUUACAUUUGCAAAAUCAUAUGUCCUUCUUGUUCACUUGCAUUGUUUAGUUGCAGAAUGAAUUUCGAUGUUUACAGUGCAACCUCGGUUUUUCAAAUGCCCCAGUUUUUGUAUGAUUCGGUUUUCAACUAAAAUUUUUGCCCCUGUUUUGUGCAUAACAAUUUUUGCCUAGUACUGUAUCAUUCUGUGGCAUCAAGACACCAAACAAAUCCAGGCUCAAUCUGCAUGCACACUCGUACCCCGGAAAGGUACAACCCUUUUGGUGAACGUCUAACUAUUGUGGGCCACCACACUGGCAAAGACACGAGAAACUCAUGUUGCAAAGGGUGUAAAGGUGUUAAUAAAACAGAUCACACAUGAUAUGAAUAGAAGAUGUUUGUAGCAUUCCGUACAGCAGCAUCGUGACACUGUGACGUGCCGUAAAGCCGCAUUUUGUUUGCCAUAAAUGUAUGUGAUUGCAUCCACUGAUGUAAAUAAAGUUGUGAGCACAGUUGUCUGUGCGUUCUUGAAAUUCACAAUGCUGAGAAGUUGUUUUUGGUGUGAUUCAAGUCAAGUGUGGAUCCCCUCCUGUCCCAUCUUCUCCCCUCCGCUCCCCACAGCCGCUCACCUUUCCGAACUCAUAUCUUCCCGAUCUCCUGAUUGUGUGGCUAACAUGCUAACCACUAGGCCACGGUGUGGCUCGUGGUAUGUUUCAGUUUUCGUCAGACCUUUUGGGACGGAUUAAUGAUGAAAACCGAGGUUCCACUGUACAGUCGUCUCUCACUCUAUCGCAUUUUUUUGAAAAUUACUUUCUUAAUAAAUGGCCGCUGUUUCGUGGUUGACUAUGGACUAUUAUAUUGAAAAAAUAUUGAAAGAUAAGUUAUAUGUAGUAUUCUGGUCACUAGGCAUCAGUAAUGUUACAUGAAAUUACAUUAGAUUGCCUUCACACUGCAUGGAGUCAGCCAUGGCAUGUUUGACAUGACAGUGUGAAAAAAGGUUUUCCUCUCAUUCCGUGUGUAAGUGGUAAGAGUUUGGCUUCCUACUUUGUCCUUCUUCCCCAUUCGGUUUGAAACCCUUUCGUAAGUUUAGAAUAAACAAAUCGGAGGCUAACUAGUUAGCUCGCUAGCAUGCUAUGUUUAAAGCAGCUAUCUCUUGUGGCCCUGCAGUGAUCCCGUAGCCUGCGCAUUACAGUUGAGCAAUGGAUGGAUGUUUUGUUUCAGUGAAGAGUCUAAUCCAGCUUGAUGUUGCUGUUAAAAUGUGACUAUAUCGUUAGCAUUGUAGUGGGGAUGAAGUAUCCGUUACUGACAAUGCAUUUUUGCCGAAUACGAGCAUGAAACAAGUACAUCUCAUCACUAUCCGUAAUCGUGAAAGAACCUCCUGAAAGAAAAUCCUCAUUGUGUAUUCAUCUUCACUCUCUGUGAUUGGCCAGUCAAACACAGCGAACGCCCCUCAUGAGACACUCGGUGCAGGCUGGAGCCACAGAGGAGUUGAUCGGUGCCUCAUUCAAGCACACAGUGCAAUUGGCAAGUUGAAAACGGCUCGUGUGGCAUUGCCCACUGGCGCCACUUCAUUAGGUUUUCCUCAGCUCACCACCAUUUCAGUGUGUAGCUGAAGUUACUUGGUCAACUUGUUUUGUAAAGUACACCGUCCAUUUUACAAGAAAGCACUGUGCAGGCUUGUGUUGCAUUAGUCACUCAUGCAACUCAAUUGGGAUAGCAUGACCGCUUUUUUCCUUGAAAUGUAUUUUUGUCUAAUUCCAUGAAGUCCUCAUAAAACAGCCGUGGUACCUACAAUAUAAGAAUUUUGUUAACUUUCAGUUGGCAGUACACAGACAGUGGUAACAGUAACUUGCAUUGACUCGCCACAACAUUAGGUCCACCGGCACAGUACAAGAGCUUCAUCAAACCUUCUGCCUGUAUGGCUACCAUACUACAUUAUGUACUUAAGCGUGGUGAAAUAUUACACCCCUCUCAAUACGUUGCAGUCUGCACGUUGCAAUCUUCAAGGGAUAGUUCUGAUUUUUUUUACAUGAAGUUGUAUUACCUCCCCAUCAGCAGUGGACUAUUUCAACAGUGACUUACCCCCCUUUGGUCCCGCGUGUCCAGUUCUGGUUGGAUGCAGGCGUCUUCAUCACAUGCACACGAAUGGAGGGGCGACAGUGCGCAGGGACACGACGGGACACAAAUGCCACCUGCAAAAACCUCCAACAAUGUUUUAUGAUUUUUUCUCGGUGUAUUGAUUUCACAUAGCAGCAUAGAAAUGAGCGCGUUAACGAACAAAAAAAAAAAAAAAACAUGAGCACUGGUGGCAUCUACAGAAAUUACCUUGGUUAAUAUGCAUGUCACAAAUAAAAAAAAUGGAGCGUUUUUGGCGCUUUUUGGAGACUUUUUCAGAUGACUUUAUAGGCAGAAUACAUUUUUCCCAUACGUGCAGUCACGAGCUGUCUCUUUUUAUCUGUUUUUAUAUCAUUAGAACACAGAAAAGAGAAAGACAUGUUCAUGUCUCAGGUAAGGAUUGUGGAUGAUGGGCAAAAUGCCAAAAAAGUGCAGUUUUCCUUUAAAACAAACAAGCAAUGCAGUUAGUUCAGAGAUCCAAUUUAAAUCAGGUUUGUGUCAAAUUUGUUUCACACAAAUAAAGGGGGGAAAAAAAACAAUCGGUGUCUAAACAAGGUGUCCCUUAUUUGUUUUUCAGGGAGUUGGCAACCUUACUGAGAACUGCUUAGCAGUAUGAGACCACAUCUUGGUAUGAUAAAACCAGUACACAAGUUGUUAAAUGAAGUCAGCUUUAAUACAUUUAUAUUUCUUUCCUUAUUACAUUGUACAUGUGUGCCUUAUGAAGUGUCCAGUGAGUAGAACAAUAAGCAUCUUUUUUUCCCACUUUUAAGUAAGACAAUCGUUAACAUAUGACAGGUGGCCUCCUUCUCAAACACGUUUUGCAUGGCAACAAUACGAAAGCUGCAGGUACAUAUGUAUACUUAAAGAGGCCACCUGCUCAUUUGACUAUGGCUGUUUUAUAAUAGCCUGCUUUUUUCUGUCACAACAAUACUCUGAGAGAAGCUGAAUAAUUUAAGAUUUUGAUGAAUGAUACGUGCUUAGUUUAAAAAAAAUGCAUUUAUUCUUUUCAACUGACAAGAUGCUAUUGAUUGGAGAAGUGUGCUGCAGUUAGAGUCGAUCUUAAUAAGCCAUCAUUUCGAAAAGGUUCCGAUAGUCGCCACCUUCGCCGAAUAAUUGGAAAACAAUGUACGCAAAUUGCAAGUGAUGUAAGAAGCUAGAGGGACUCGUUGGUUGAGAGCUUUGACGUUACAUCGUGACGACGCAAGGAGACGGCGCUCUUCCAUCAGGGAUGGAGAAGCUCUCGACAAGCAGGAGGCAAGCUGGAGCUCCCCUUAGCCUAACGGAAGAAGGAGAUCCGCUGAUGCAAAAGCGAGGAAGCCUCUCGUCCGAGUGAGCCGAAGAUGCGCUGACCGAGCCGGUGUUGGCGCCCGGAGAAGGAAACCUGCUUGCCGUCUACGGGAGGCAGCACCCAAGGGGGUGUUUAUAAAGCGCCAUGGCGGGCGCCAAGCUGACACCGUCACCCUCGGAGAUCGACCCAGACGUGAAGACCGAAGUGCGGAAAACUCCAGAGCCCAACUGGGUGCAUUCCUCCCCCAACCCUCUGAGGACGGUGGGCUCGUUUGGGAGCGAUGUCGGCCAAAGGUAUCAGGAGGAGUACAGUAUGGACUCAACCAAUGCCCAGGUGCAGGUGGAGUUCUAUGUAAACGAAAACACCUUCAAGGAGAGGCUGAAGCUUUUCUUCAUCAAAAACCAAAGGUCAAGUUUGAGGAUCCGCCUUUUCAACUUCUCCCUGAAGAUUCUCACCUGUGUCCUCUACAUAGUAAGAGUCAGCCUGGACAACCCCAAGGAGACCAAUGGCAGUCCAUGUGCAAUCUUUAGAAACUCUAGCUGGCCAAAUUCAUCUACAGAGUCGCCAGAAAUCAACUGGAAGUUGAUUUUCUGGGUUACCAGACCUGAUCCCUUGUGGGCCAUACAAGUGACAGUGGCUUUAAUCAGUUUCUUGGAAACCAUGCUGAUCACAUAUCUCAGCUACAAGGGCAACAUUUGGGAGCAAAUAUUCCAGAUAUCCUUCAUAUUGGAGAUGAUCAAUACAGUGCCAUUUAUUAUCACAAUCUUCUGGCCUCCAUUAAGAAAUAUAUUUGUUCCUGUUUUUCUUAACUGCUGGCUAGCCAAGGGGGCCCUCGAAAAUAUGAUUAAUGAUUUCCAUCGUGCCAUUCAGAGGACACACUCGGCAAUGUUCAACCAGGUGUUCAUCCUCAUCUGCACUUUACUGUGUCUGGUUUUCACUGGAGCAUGUGGCAUCCAGCACCUUGAGAGGGCUGGAAAGAACCUGACCUUGUUUGACUCAUUCUACUUCUGCAUCGUUACCUUCUCCACUGUGGGCUAUGGAGAUGUUACGCCACAGAUCUGGCCCUCGCAACUGCUGGUGGUCAUCCUUAUUUGCGUGGCACUGGUGGUGCUCCCGUUACAGUUUGAAGAAUUAGCCUACUUGUGGAUGGAGAGCCAAAAAUUGGGAGGAAACUACAGUCGCCACCGAGCACAAACAGAGAAGCAUGUGGUGUUGUGUGUCAGCUCACUGAAGAUAGACCUGCUGAUGGAUUUUCUCAAUGAGUUCUACGCUCACCCCAGGUUACAGGAUUAUUAUGUGGUGAUCCUGUGUCCAACCGAUAUAGACAUUCAGGUUCGGCGUAUCCUCCAGAUACCUCUAUGGUCUCAGAGGGUCAUCUACCUUCAAGGGUCUGCCCUCAAAGACCAGGACCUGAUGAGGGCCAAAAUGGAUGACGCUGAGGCCUGUUUCAUCCUCAGCAGCAGGAACGAGGGUGACCGAACUGCUGCUGAUCAUCAGACUAUUUUGAGAGCUUGGGCCGCCAAGGACUUUGCUCCCAACUGUCCUCUCUACGUUCAGAUUCUCAAACCGGAAAACAAAUUCCAUGUAAAAUUUGCUGACCAUGUAGUUUGUGAAGAGGAGUUCAAAUACGCCAUGCUGGCACUGAACUGCGUGUGUCCGGCCAUGUCCACCUUAGUGACACUCCUCGUCCACACCUCCAGAGGACAGGAAGGACAGUUGUCACCAGAGCAGUGGCAGAGAAUGUACGGGCGCUGCUCCGGGAACGAAGUCUACCACAUCCGAUUGUGUGACAGCAAGUUUUUUGGCGAGUAUGAUGGGAAAAGCUUCACUUACGCCUCUUUCCAUGCUCAUAAGAAGUACGGUGUGUGUCUGAUCGGCGUAAAGCGCGAGGACAACAAGAGCAUCCUAUUAAACCCUGGCCCCCGUCACAUCAUGGCUGCCACCGACACCUGCUACUACAUCAACAUCACCAAGGAGGAGAACUCAGCCUUCAUCUUCAAGCAGGAGGAGAAGCACAACAAGAGCCUGCCCGUCACCGGCCUUUACGAUGCCCCCUCUCGGCUGCCCGUGCACAGCAUCAUUGCCAGCAUGGUUGAUCAGGCCACUUCGUAUGGUACUGUCGCCAUCGACCUCCAGAAUCCCGAUCCCCCUGAGGAAACUGGCAAGCUGACCUUGCCGACAGAGAACGGCGCAGGAAGCCGCAGGCCGAGCAUCGCGCCAGUCCUGGAGAUCGCCGACUCCUCUGCUAUUCUUCCAUGUGACCUCCUCAGCGACCAGUCGGAAGAUGAGACCAAUCAAUCAGAUGAGGAGGGUUCUGUUGGGUCGGAUUUUGUGAAGGGCUACCCCCCCAACUCUCCCUACAUCGGGAGCUCUCCGACCUUGUGCCAUCUCCUGCCUCAGAAAGCUCCAUUCUGCUGCUUGCGUCUGGACAAGGGCUGUACGCACAACAGCUUUGAAGACGCCAAAGCGUAUGGCUUCAAAAACAAGCUGAUUAUAGUGUCUGCAGAAACGGCAGGCAACGGUUUGUACAACUUCAUUGUCCCUCUGCGAGCAUACUAUCGACCCCGGAAGGAACUCAACCCUAUUGUGCUUCUUCUGGACUACCCGCCAGACAACCACUUCUUAGAGGCCAUUUGCUGCUUCCCAAUGGUUUACUUCAUGGCCGGCACCAUCGAUAACUUGGACAACCUGCUGCAGUGUGGAAUCAUCUAUGCUGACAACUUGGUGGUUGUGGACAAGGAAAGCACCAUGAGUGCCGAAGAGGACUACAUGGCAGACGCCAAGACCAUCGUCAAUGUCCAGACUAUGUUCAGACUGUUCCCCAGCCUCAGCAUCAUUACUGAGCUCACACAUCCAUCAAACAUGAGGUUCAUGCAGUUCAGAGCAAAGGACUGCUACUCGCUUGCUCUGUCCAAGCUGGAGAAGAUAGAACGAGAUAAGGGCUCCAACUUGGCAUUUAUGUUCCGCUUGCCAUUCGCAGCAGGCAGGGUCUUCAGUAUCAGCAUGCUGGAUACACUGCUCUACCAGUCAUUCGUGAAGGACUACAUGAUCGCUAUUGCUCGGCUUCUUCUCGGUCUGGACUCAACACCAGGUUCUGGGUACCUGUGUGUUAUGAAGAUCACAGAGGAGGACCUGUGGAUCAGGACGUACGGCAGACUCUUCCAAAAGCUCUGUUCCUCCAGUGCUGAGAUCCCCAUCGGGAUUUACCGCACAGAGUCGCAUAUGUUCUCAACUUCGGAGUGCAAGGACAGUUAUGUGCAGUCUCAGGUGUCAAUCAACGUGGAGCAGGGGGAGGAGCAUCGCGACCGCAAAGAGUCCUGGAAGGAAAAGACAGCCCACAGGAACUCUAGCGGCAGCGAGCAGUCAGAGCACCCGCUGCUGAGGAAGAAGAGCAUGCAGUGGGCGAGGCGUCUGAGCAGGAAGAACACUAAGCCCUCCAGCCGUGCAGAGCGCAUCUCGCAGCAGCGCCUCAACCUCUACCGCCGCUCGGAGCGCCAGGAGCUGUCUGAGCUGGUCAAGAACCGUAUGAAACACCUGGGCCUGCCCACCGUGGGAUACGAGGAUGUUUCUAAUCUCACUGCGAGCGAUGUCAUGAAUCGAGUAAAUCUAGGAUAUUUGCAAGAGUUGCAGGACAUAUCAGAGCAGCCGUAUACAGACGGGACCCGGCCGUCAGACGAGAUGAACGACCACCAGAACACGCUGUCCUACGUCCUCAUCAACCCGCCUCCAGACACCAUGUUGGAACUCAACGACAUUGUGUACAUCAUCCGCUCCGACCCACUGGCCCACAUGCCAGAGGAGUCACAGGUGGGCCAGAGUCGAGGCACCAGGAACCAGACGCACUUUGGCUCAGAGACCAGAAACGAGACUCACCUAUGAGCCCUGCCCCUUCCUAUAUUAUAUUCGACCUCAGAGCCACCCUCGCACAGUACUGUUGGUGUCAUUCUGCUGCUUCUAUUCCACAGAGCUGCUCCAGGAAGACGCUUGAAGAGUGCCUCAUCAUCAACCCUCAUGUCUAACACAGCUCACUUAGCAAACUAACGCUGGAGGACGUCGUCAUCUAAGGCUAGUUUUACUUUGUAGUGCAUACACACACACAGACACACACACACACACACACACACACACUUUGUUCCCUCGUGCCUUGUGUUUCUGGUCCAAGCAUCAGGGCAGCCAACAUGCUAUCACAUGAUCAACCUUUUUUUUCUAUCACUUUAGUUAGUGGUACAGAUGGUUUCACUUUCAGAAGCACAAGUAUCUGUGUUGGGGCACCAGACUGUAAAAUAAGUGGAUAUAGCCAUCAUUAUCAUUAUCAUCAUCAUGGCAGGUUUGUGGACUCCCACUUUAGGGCCAGUUUGGUUGUUAUUGUGACUGGUUGCCGAGGCGACUACCUGCUGUAUUAGACUUGAAAUGAGGGGGCGGUGUUGAAAAUGUUUACGUAAUUCUGUCUGCUGUCCCCUGCUGGCUGUUGGAAUGAAUGCCACUUUAUAUAAAAAUGAGGGAGCGAUUGAGACCGUUUCUAUCAGCCAUCUUGGUGGAUGCUUUUUAAAGUCAGUAUUAAUCAUUCAUUUCAAUAUUUUAAGUGUCCUCCAAACAUGUUUUAACCUGCAAUUGUGCCAUUAUUUAUUUGUAAAUGCUUUUUUGUACACUAUGUGCCAUUUACAUGGAGCUUGGCCGACAUUCUUAAGAUAGUUGUAGCUUUAAGUCACUCAAACUAAUACAGUGGAACCUUCAAAGGAAAAAAUAAACAGUGUUCUGUGGCGUUCUAAUUUCACAACACUUAGAAACUAAUGUAAAGUGAGCAAUUAUUAAACAUUGCAAAUGUAAGGAGAGGUCAACCACUGUGUCAUAAAACUUCAAUCAAAACUCUUCAUCGUUGGAAGAUGCCGGACAGAAAGUUACAUUUCAGGUUCUAAGAUUAUCAGACAUUUCCUCCUUCCCAUCACUGGUACCCUUCCGUGAUGGCAUCACCAAAAAAGCAAAAGAUGUUAUGCAUGAUGAUGGUUUUCUUUCAUUUUUUUUAAGUUUAGUUUAACUUUUAAGCCAUAUUUUUACAGAUUUUUUUGUUCAAUUUCAAAUUACAUUGACCUUGCUGUUCAACUUUGUGGUUCCACUGUAUUAUUUAAAAAAACUUCAAACAUACAGCAUUGACCCGAAUAUAAAACAAUAUUUUUUUCCUCUCCAAAACUGUCUGAAAAACAUUGGUCGUCUUAUAUUCGGGGUCUAGAGAUUUAUACAUGCAAACCAACAGGUGCCACUCAACGACUUUUCCCCCAAGCAAUUUGGAGCUUUUCUUCCUGUCACACACACACAAGUGACCUGGAGUUGUGCAGUAAAAUGUGUCUCAAUGUUUUUUUUGCAAGUUAGGACGCAAAUUGUAUGAUAAAGGUGAUCAAAGAAGGAAGAGAAGGAAAAAAAGAUUGCUUUUUGUCGUAAAUAUUUCAAAACUGAAAUCUUGAAAAUUGGGGUCAUCUUAUAUUUGGGUCAAUAUGGUUUACAGUAUACGCUUAUUGGUUAUUAGUCAGCACACGUUAAUUACUUUGUCAAACUUCUGGAAACAUUUGGGAGUUUAAUAUUUAGUGUAGCUUAAAGACCAGGAACAAUUUAAGAUGUUGAACGACCCGUGUUUCCUGGUAAAACACCCACAUGUAGCUUGUUUAUUAGCCAUCAGUGGUCAUUACCUUUUAUGUUCACCUAACAGUGUCUGUGAAUGCUAGUAGUCACAUUAGCCCUUUCUUUAAAAAUGGUGGACAUGUUCUUGAGUUUAUUUUGCCUCUUAACUAGCAGUGGUGGUCGCAGUCAGGCUCUUACAUUUUACUGUAUUCUUCAUUUGAAUCCACUGGGACUGAUGAAGACACAUUUGUUAUUUAUUGUGACGUUCCAUUUUGAUUGUCCAGUCUUUUGAACAUGAUGGUCUCCUUCAUCCGUGUAAAUAAUAACUUUCUAUAUGCACUCUUUCCCUGUCUGUCCUGUGAUGAGAUGUGAAAGAGGACUAUUUUUGCACUAAGACUUGUGGAAUAUUAUGGCAUGACCCUUUAACCUCCGACUCAUCACCACUCUGUUGUUUGUCCAUUUGAACAAAUGCUUUGGGACCUGAGGAGCUGAAAUCCUCCCAACAUUCCACAGUGAUCCAUAUCGGUUGUGCUUCUGUCUACAGUUAAACCACAAUGGGCAUGUUUUAAGAAAUAAGAUUUGAAAAAGAAGCAUGUUUUGAUAAUACAAGCUUGCCAAGAACACACUGUACACUUUCACCAGGAGUGUGUGAUACUUUCUAUGAAUGGAACAUGCAUGUUGUUUACAUGUUUACCACCUCUUUUAUGUUCCUGAAGAUCCAUUUUGUACUCAAUUUCUAACGAUGGGAAGACAGGCAACUUGAAGGUCAUGAACAAAUAAAAGCUGCAUGCA